AUGUCUCUGAACAUAUUUCUCAGUCGCCCGGAGCAGACAGAUGAUAAGGAAUAUGAUGACGAUAAUGAGACUUCCGUUAUCUAUACACUUGCUAUAGCAAACGAGACAUUCGAGGAUGCGGAAACUAUUUUCGUAGCAGAGCCGGAAGAGCUGAUGAUUUUAAUAGAUCAAUUUGAUGUUUCAGGAAAGAAGUUCAAGAAGGGCUACAACGAAGUCGAACAAUUGCAAAGGGAACUGAAUAAGAAGUUAACAAAGCAGUUGAAGGAAUUCAAUGACACUCACAAUGACAGGUUAAAGGAAGUCGUUAACGGACAACCGAAGAAGAGAUGCAUAUCCUGGCGGCAAAUUGAAAGCUCUAAAAAGGGACAGGAAGCCAUUGAAGAUAAGUCAGACGAGGCCUUUGAGAAUAAACAGUCAAGCGAGGCUGUUAAUAAUGAUAAGUCGAACCCAGUCACAAACGAUUGA